AUGUCACCAACAUCACCAAAAAACCGCAUCGUCACCCCCCACACAACCUACCACCCCCCAGUCCACUCACCCACCCCCCCAAGGAAACUAACCCGAAGCCCCCCCACCAAACCCCACACCUUCUCCAAAUCAAGGCAGCGCAGUACGGAGCGUAAAAUAAAAUAUCAAAGUGGGGACAUGCAAAACGUUGUUUGGAGUGACAUCUGCAAGAAAAAGAGGUGGAAGAAAGAGAGAGAGAGGGGUGUGGGGGUGAGGGCGCAGCGGUGA